GUGUUAGUGUAUAAACUGACUCCACGAAAUUUUUUUACUGGCUUUUCCCGCAUUGGGAAUAAGCAAGCAAAUUAUUGAAUGCUGAUAGUUUCGUUGUCAGUUUUAUCUGGCUUAGCCAAAUAUUCCGCGUCUGCGCCAUCAUGGAAGUCGACUGCUGUUUGCCUGGAACGGUCGAUAGCGAAUCGCUCGAUCCGCGCCAGGAUUCACAGUUGCCAGAUCUCCCCAACCUGCUAACUGUGCCGCCGGGAUCGUAUGGCAGCGGGAUACGUCACCGACAGGAACGGCUCUUUUGCCGUGUGUGUCAGCAGUUUCUGGAGGAGCCGUGUUGGUUCCAUGCCAAAAGCGUUCCCAACGAGAGCGUGGUUCCCUUCGCACUGGCCAGUCUGCAUAAAAUCUUGCACCUCGAUGUUUGCGCUAAUUCCUCCACAGGGAAGAAAGUGGUAGCGAAUGCUCGAAUCCCGCCUCAGACCGUUUUUGGUCCCUUGGUGGCUCCCCUUACGGAGAAAUACAGCGAUACCUGUGUUUAUGCAUUUCGCAGCGCGGAAGACGGUCAGUUGCGUUUCUUCCAGCUGGACUCGGAGCUCUUCUCCAACUGGAUGCGCUACGUGCGUUUCGCGGAGAAUUUGGCGGAGGAGAAUCUGGCCGUUUAUCUCCGCGGAUCGCAAAUAGUCUUCGUCAGCGUUAGGAACAUUCUGCCCGGCGAAGAACUCAAAGUCUGCUACUCUGCUAAAUACGCCCAAUUCAUUGGACGCUCGGAUGGGCAGAGUGGAAGAGCAGGAAAUGAGAGUUUUUGUAUGACAGCUCUGGAAUUUGCCGAGCACAGUGAGAACAUCCUACCGCAAAAUCCCCCUCAAACACCAAAUAGCGCUGGUGAUUGGGAUAGCGAUUCAUCCAGGACGCUGCUGACUGAAAAGGACGGAAGUGCUCUUCCGGCUUUGCAAGCCUUUCCGUACGCACUGCUCAUCACACCGCUAACUGUGCACAAUGUUGACGAAGGGGACAGUGUUACACCGCCUUCGAAACGCAGAUGUCCGGCAGAUACAACCGCGACUGUGGCGUCUCCACUGGCAAGCCAGGAAUCUGCAGAUUUGCAGAUGGACGACUAUGGGAAUGCGUCAUCCUUGUCACUGACUGGUAGCGGGAGCUUGCCAUCGGUGAAAACCAGGGUGAUACGCGAAGAUUCUCCCGAGAUCGAGUACCAUUCCAUAGUGAAAACACCCAACGAAUGGUGUAGCAAAGAAGAGCCGAAAGCGAGCACGGAAACGGUGCUGAGAAGAAGCACCCUCCGAUCUGCCGCCAAGGAAGUCGUUCCGGUGAUCGUGGAUACGUGUGACGAUAACGAAGGAGGGCUGACUGGGAGAUUUCACGUGGAAACGGAUUCGGACUGGUCACCGGAAAACGAUGAAACGUGUGAUGGAAAUGACUCUGAUGAUGACGACUGUGAUAUGAACGCUGAACAAAAUUCUGGGCGGAUUAAAGACCAAGCUACCAGGAAAGCGAAAUCUGGGAGAAUGGCGCCGUUUCGUUCAAAUGGUCCGCCCGACGGUGGCUCUGGAAGUGGAGGUGGAGACGGCGUUACAGGCGGGAGAGAUGUGAAUCCAGGGCGCCACGGAAGAGAGGGAAGCCACGAAAAGAAGAGUGCCCGGUGUGCCACCGUACUAUCUACAGAAUAAACGCCCAUUUAAAGCAAAAACAUCCGGAAUAUGCGUCCAAGAAUUUGAAGCAUGCGUGCGAAACGUGUGGAAUGCGAUAUCAGUCGAUGCACGUUUUACGCACCCAUAUGUCAACGUACCAUCCGACACCACGUGGAGCGGAGACAACCGCGGAAGCGCGUCAAGUGGCCAUCGAAUAUAUGCAGAAGACAGGAUGGCUGUCGUAUUUCUGUGCAAGCUGCAAAAAAUAUUUC